AUGGCGAAGAAGAGCAAAUUACUGGCUGCUCUGGAUGCGCACCGAGGGCGAGAUUACCAGGCAGAAAAGAGAAAGGCACAGGUGAAAGCGGCCGAGAAGCGGAAAAGACAGAAGCUGGAGACGGCGAAGCAAGGAGACACCGACGAGGAGGGCCUGGCAACGAGCGAGAAAUCGGAAAAUGGAGGUAAAAAGCCGGCCCAAGGUGACGACUUUGCGGGAUUUCCAGAGGAGGACAACAAAGCAAACGCAGAUGAUCAAGACGACGAGGAAGAGACCGCCAAUGCAACAACCAACGGCGGUGUUGCUUCCACGAUCCCACAGCCAGCCCUACCCAUCGACGCCUCAGCCUCGGAAGCAGAGAACGAGUCCGACGUGCCCGUCUCCGACCUCGACGAUUCCGAUCUCGAAGACACGAUCCCGUACCAAAAGAUGACCAUCAACAACGGCCCUGCGCUGGUCGCCGCCCGCAACCGCGUUUCCGUCAUAAAAACCCCCAAAUCGACGCCCUUCCACUACCACAACUCCCUGGUGUCAGAUCUCCCGCCCACGUCACAGGCCGUCCCGGACCCCAACGACGACCUCACGCGCGAACUCGAAUUCUACCGCAUCGCCCGCACCGCCGUCGUCUCGGCGCGGGACCUGCUCCGCGCCGAGAAAAUUCCCUUCUCCCGUCCCGCGGACUACUUCGCAGAGAUGGUUAAGAGCGACGAACACAUGGGCCGCGUCAAGCAGAAGAUGUACGACCAGGCCGCGAACAAGAAAGCCGCAGAAGAGGCGCGCAAGCUGAGAGACGCCAAGAAGUUUGGAAAGGCAGUCCAGGUUGCGAAAGAGCAGGAGAGGGCGAAGGAGAAGAGGACGACGCUCGAGAAGAUCAAGGAAUUGAAGAGGAAACGCAAGGGCGCCGACACCGGCAAAGUCACCGAGGGUAACCUAGACGACGAGCUCUUCCAAAACAUCGACGUGGAAAAUCCAGCCGCCAAAGAUCGGUCGGGCCGUGACCGCGGUGCCGGCGGUGGCCCCAACCCAAAGCGACAAAAGCGCGACCAGAAGUACGGCUUCGGUGGCAAGAAACGGCAUGCAAAAAGCGGCGAUGCCAUCAGCAGCGGGGACAUGCGCGGGUUUUCGGCCGCUCGAAUGAAAGGCAAAGGCGGCAAAGGCAAGGCAAAAAGGCCCGGGAAGAGCAAGAGGCUGGCUACUCGGUGA